AUGGCAUCUGAAGAGAAGGCAGAGAGAGCUGGAUCUAUGCAGGCACCUCUGCAAAUUGCAGACCGGAUAUCGGCCCAGGGCAUGCUAAGUGACAUUUGGGAGACCCCACGUGUGCUGCGCCAGCUAAUUCAGGCACAUCUGAAAGAUGGCAAGGUCGACAUUCCCGGACUUCGAAAGCCGCUGCCUGAGGCCCACGGCCUUGCAGGGAAGAGUCCGCUGGAGAUCCUCGCAGCGUGCUCUCAGAGCCGGAUGUCCGAGAAGGGCUUCUGCCAUAGGCUCACCGUGAUUGGCUCCGGAACCUCAUGGCAUGCCGCGAUUCUGGCGGAGUACCUAAUCGAGACAAUGGCGCGAAUUCCUGUUGAAUCCCAGUAUGCGUCGGAGUUCAGGUAUCGCGAGCCAACGUUGCGAACGGGCGACGUCCUAGUGGUUGUGUCAAUGUCAGGGGAGACAACCGAUGCGGUGGAGGCACUUCGCCGUGUGAGGAACAGUCCCAGUGGCACUGGUGUUCUCACUAUCGCCAUUGUGAACCAGUUGGACUCCACACUAGCCAGAGAGUGCGACUUUGUUCUGGAUGUGUGUGCUGGCCAGGGGGUGGGCGUCGCAUCAACGAAAACGUUCUCAGCAACCAACAUGAUGUUUGUGCUCCUCAGCCUUGCCCUUGCAGACGAAUGCGGCCAGAUUGGCGCGGAGAGGGAGAGCUUGGUUCAAAGAUUGCAGGAGCUGCCGGACAGCAUGCAGGAGGUUUUAGACAAGGAGGCCAAGCCGCUAGUCACCGAAGUUGGCGAUCGCUCCAUUGAGAUCGGCGAGUGCCCGUUAUGGGACAUUGGCUGUCAAAAUGUUCUGGCAAGAAACUUUAUCUUCUUGGGACGCGGCUUCAACUUCCCAAUCGCACUGGAGGGAGCCAUGAAAUGCAAAGAGUUGGCUUACAUACAUGCAGAAGGUUACCCUGCCGCAGAGAUGAAGCAUGGCCCGAUUGCCCUCAUAGACGAAUUUAUGCCAGUUGUGGUGAUUUGUCCAAAAGCAGAUGCCACCUACGAGAAAAUAAAGUCCAACAUCGAAGAAGUUCGAGCUCGAAAUGGUGCCACAAUUGCGAUUACCGAGAAGCACAACCAUGAGCUGGAAAAGCUCUGUGAGUACGUCAUUGGAGUGCCGGAGACACAUGAGUACCUCAUGCCGUUGCUUGCCAUGCUCCCGCUGCAGUUGUUGGCCUACAUGAUGGGGAUCCUCAAAGGCAACGCCGUCGAUGCCCCGCGUGGCUUGGUGAAGAGUGUCUCAGUCUCAGUGAAGGCCGACAGCUCUCCACCUGGCGGCUACGUAGCCUCCUACUGA